AUGUCCAAGCGUCCGACCAAGACAGCGACAGAACUCAACAUGCGGGCAAAUGAUGACGCUGGUCAGACCUGCCCUGUGGUUGCGGAUACCCCAGAACAGGGUGUCAAUGCAUCGGUCGAGUUACAGUCUGCGGCUCGAAAAGUCAGCGAGGAGAACAAGUGCCUUCGAAAGUUGAUGAAGCAGAACGGCAUCAGCGACACCAAAGUCGAGCAGUAUCUCAAAGACGAGAUCCCCUCGACCGACGAUCAGCACUCGUCGACCCACCCCGUUGGAGCCGGGUCGCCCAGAUCGGCUGUUGAGACGGCAGAGUUGCUGAUGCGAGCUCGGCCGGUCGUGCGAAAGACCUCACACGAGGCGGAUGCGCUCGACGAAGGUGCCCAGAACCUCAAACAAGAGGGGGAUUCGACCGUCAAUACCACCUCACUGAGCCACGCCCGCGCCAUCCUGUCUCCUCCAGUCGACCCCAAGCUCUCCAGCCCGUGGGACAAGCACACACCCGACGGGGCUGCGUCGCCGCGCUCAACACAAUACUCGGACGAGCUCGAGGACAGCCACUUCCACCGCUGGGACCACCAUCCUCCUCCGCUCCCGCCCUACGCAUCGUCCUCUGCUUACCUGCAUCACGGUUCCGAGUACGGACACCACGGCCAGCAGUUCUCACAUGGCCAUGGCGUGAACCCGCCGACGACUCCGCACACGCACUACCCUGCCUACACCGGUCCGCCCCACGGUUACGGCUACGAGCAGUCGAUGGCCUCGUCUGCCUCCUAUGACGCAUCACGAACAUACCCACGAAUCUCUCACCGUCAGACCCCGGCGCUUGACUGGCCUUCCGCCGGCGGCUAUGCAAACAUCCACUCCACGAGCGGGGAGUACCACCCGACGUACCCUGACGUGCCCUUCUGA